AUGACAAAGUGCUUGUAAAAAAUAUUAAAUCCAAAUCUACAGAACUAAAGUCAAGAGUAAACUUUUGAUUAGAAUUGUUUGAAUUUAUAAUACUAUAAUUAGUAGAGGUUACUAAGAAAAUAUCUCCAAACUUAUCACAUUCACACGACAAUUCAAUAGAAUAGUUAUUUUUGAUCUUAUUUAAAUUACAAUGAUAAGAUUUUAUGGAGUUAGUCAAAAGUACACAUUUAAUUUGGUAUUCUGA